AUACUUUCAACUCAGCCCAUGAAAAACAAUGGAUUAUGUGUUUGUGAAUGUGUCAUGUGUGUGCUCUGGAGCCCUGCCCAGUCACCUGUAAGUCAAAUUGAGAGGGAGGGUGUUUUUUCUGACAUGGCUGAUAGAGAUCCAGUCAGUUUAGUAAACUCUUGGAGAUACUUGAUUAAAUGUAGUUGCACCCAUAUAAAGGAUGGCAUUCAAGGUCUCAGGACGUCUUUGUUUCUUGGUGAUUUCACUGACCAUUGUACUUGCAGUGCUAUCAUGGGAUUAUUGGCUGGAGAGCAUCAGCUCGAGUACUUUCUCAGGAAAUCCCACAGAAAAGGACGUGUUAAAAGGUUCCAUUUCACCGACAAAGGCCGCGACUCCUAUGCCGCUCCUCUCAAGAAGUUUCUUCAAAAGGCUUCCUCACUUUGAUUUCGAGGAGGUUUAUGACAUGGACGCUAAGAGCAAACAGACGACAUGUGCUCAGUCUCUGCGCAACUCUGAGGACCAGGACUUUAAGAAGGCUUUCCUUCCCAACAUAGGAUUGUUUCUGCACAAAGACAGUAUUAACAUGAGCAAGUGGAACCAACUCUCACAUUUUAACAGUCCAUUUGGUUUCAUGGAAUCUCACCACGAUGAUGUGAUGCCUGCAGUGAAGUUGAUCCCAAAGCCUAUAGAACCUCUUCUCUCCCCAAAGCCAGGCAGUGGUGGCUGUGUGCGCUGUGCAGUGGUGGGCGGUGCAGGGAUCCUCAAUGGCUCUAAAAUGGGGAAAGAGAUUGAUUCACACGAUUAUGUUUUUCGGAUGAACGGUGCAGUCAUCAAAGGGUAUGAAGAGGACGUAGGGAACAGAACGUCGGUGUACGUCCACACAGCUCACUCCAUCACUACGUCACUGUAUGUCUUCAAGCAGUACGGCUACACAUCGGUCCCUGCUGACGAGGAUAUAAAAUUUGUGCUGAUUCCUGAAGGAAUGAGGGAUUUCAUUUGGCUCGAGUCUCUUCUCAAAGGAGAAAAAAUUACAAAAAACUCUUAUAGAAAUGCAGUACCAAGGAAUUACUAUGCCGGGAGGUAUAAUGAGAGCCGCUUCUAUGUUCUGCACCAGGACUUUCUCAGAUAUGUGCGAAACAGGUUCUUACUGUCUGCUCAUUUGAACGACUCAUACUGGGCCAUUGUCAGGCCAACCAAUGGGGCGUUCACUCUCUUCCUGGCUCUGCACACCUGUGACACAGUCAGUGCAUAUGGAUUCAUGACCGAAAACUUCAAGAAAUACUCCAACUACUAUGUUCAAAGAAAUAUUAAAACCAGGGUUAUAUUCUAUGCCAACCACGACUAUUACCAGGAGUUGAGAAUGUGGAAAAAACUGCACCAGAGCAAAAUAUUAAAACUGUAUGAACGACUGGAAUCAGAGAGUGUGACUGAGAAGCCACACUGAUACCGUGACUCUGAUAGUUACAGGAGGCAUAUUUUCGAGGGCUGAGAUUGUGGUUGUGGUUAAAGGUUAGCGAUAAAUGUUUAAAUCAAUGGAGUGCAAUAUAAAUUAAGUUUUAUAAUUAGUAUUAUUAUUGUUGUUGUGGGACAGUUUACAGAUCAAGGCUAACUUAAAAACUAGAGUGGGCAACUUUUAGUUGAAAAUAAACAGCCAUUACAGUGAGUCUCUCAGAGACUCCAGCAAUAAAUUCAACUCAGGUAAAGUCCAGUCGCCGACUGAAGACGCCCACAGUGGACAAACUCGAUGUCGUCUUUUUAAGUUUCGAUGCUAACUGAAGGGUAUAUAGAUUCUCCAACAACUAGGGUGAAGUGAGGGGUUUUUAAGCCAGUGAUUAAACUUUUAUUGCUGUAUGUAUUAAUGGUUGGAUGUGAUGUUUUGUACGUUAAAGGGAUACUUGAAUUUCCCCAAGGAGAUGAAUAAAGUUAAUCUAAUCUAA